AGGUAGCUGGGAGAGCCAAGAAUAAAACAAUUGCUGUUCUCUUUUCGUUAUAUCAACAAACACUAUGCAAGCACUGUAUUCAUAUUGCAGUCUUCAAGUGCCCAGCUUCUCGAUUACUGCAACUCCUCCAAAGUUUGCAUCUUUUGUGUCCACCUUGAGCCCCUCCAAGGCUGGAACUAGAUUGUGUUUGCCUUUUGGUUGUGGGAGUUACAAGCCCAUUACAAGGAGUCUGUGGGAUGGGUUUGAGGUGCAGUAUGCAUCCUCCGAUGGAGAAAGUGGUGAUGGAUUUUACAUGAGAAGAUGUGUGGAGCUUGCAAGGAACGCUAUUGGGUAUACCAGCCCCAAUCCAUUGGUGGGAUGUGUUAUUGUAAAGAAUGGGAUAGUUGUUGGAGAAGGGUUCCACCCUAAAGCAGGGCGACCGCAUGCUGAGGUGUUUGCUCUGAGAGAUGCUGGUGAUUUGGCACAAAAUGCGACUGCUUAUGUGAGCUUGGAACCUUGUAACCAUUUUGGUAGGACUCCACCUUGUACUGAAGCUCUAAUUAAAGCCAAAGUGAAAAAGGUUGUUGUUGGGAUGGUGGAUCCAAAUCCCAUAGUUGCCUUCAAAGGGGUGGAAAGAUUGAGAGAUGCAGGAAUUGAAGUUGUUGUGGGUGUAGAGGAAGAGUUGUGCAAGAGCCUCAANGAGCCUUACAUUCAUCGNAUGUUGACGGGAAANCCUUUCCUUANUUUGAGAUAUUCUCUUUCUGUCAAUGGAAACUUUUUGAACUUGCUUGGGAAUGGAGCUGCAGACUGUGGUGGUUACUAUUCAAGGCUAUUACAGGAAUAUGAUGCAGUGGUAAUGUCUUCUUCCUUUUUCACUGGAAACUUUAAAGUACCUGCAUCUAAAGAACCUGGAGCCAACCAACCAAUUCGGAUUGUAAUACAUAAAGAUCCUAGUUCUUUAAAUCAAAUUCUAUCAUCUAUCAAUGACAUCACAAGCAAAAUCAUAAUCUUUACUGAAAAUAAAGCCGGAACAGCUCCAGAAGUGGCUCAACAAGGAAUUGAAACUGUAGCUCUGGAUCAAAUAAAUCUGGAUGUGAUCUUGGAUUAUUGUAAUCGUCAAGGAUUAUGCAGUGUUCUAUUAGAUAUUAGAGGAAGUUUCAGUGAGUUUGAAGUGCUUGUUAUGGAGGCUAUGGAGAAGAACUAUAUUAAUAAAUUUAUCACAGAAAUUUUGCCUGUUUGGAACAAACGUACUGAGCCAGAUCCUCUACAGACAUUGAAGGGCUUAGAGCAAGGAAUGAAAGUGCUAAAUUUGAAGUCGAAGACCUCUGAUCAGAGUGUUGUAAUUGAGGGAUAUUUUAAAUCUGAGUAAAUGGAGCCAUAGGUGCUACAACUUCCAUUUAGCAAUAUUUCAGUGUCAUGGUUUUUCCAAGGCAUUGUUUGCUGUAGGCUAACUUAAAAGAGCAGUUAAUGUAUUUUGCUGGUGGAAACUCGAGGGUAUUGUAACCAAUGAUUUUUGUUUUCAUUUAUUUCUAGGCUAACAUUUUUUUUAGCUUUCCAGUUUUUGCAUGUAUGCAAAUACAUUGACUUGAAAUUUAAAAGAGGUUGGACCAGUCUUAUGUUACCUUGAA